UCCUCACUUUCCACAAUUGUUCAUCACCAAGAACUCAGCAUGUGGCCCUGCAGUGGAAGCAGCGUCGAAAUAAUCUCACGGUUGCUGAUGCGCUUAGACGGCGUAGCCGUAGCCCGCGGCUCUCUGCCGGAAGAUUUCAAUGACAAAUUUAAGAAUAUUAGGAAUGAAAUGGUGAAGCUGAAGAGCAUGCUCGACAAAGACACGUCCAAGGAAAACAAAGCCAUGGAGGAACUUGGUCAAGUUGCCCGUUGCAUCGAUGAGAUCAUGAGCACAGACAGCAAAUCAUUAGAUCCCAAGUUUCUGGAGCGCAAUCUCGAAAGCAUCGAUAAGGCCCUCAACAAAGCGCUCAAAGUAGAAGUCGCUGAGAAAGAUCCGCAGAAGGUCGUGCCGGAGGAGGAGGAGCCGCCGGAGGAGCUGUCGUUCGCGGAGCGAGAGAUCCAGAAGAGCUCAGCGUGGGGGCACCUCAAGCUCGUGGUCGACUGCCUCGAGCAGCAACUCAAGAAGUGCCUCUUCACCAUCUCUGUCUUCCCCCCCAACGCUGUGAUCAAGAAGCGGCUGCUCUUCCACUGGUGGAUGGGCGAGGACAUCAUCAAGAACAUCGAAGACGGCAAGCGCUGCUUCGAUCAACUCAUUGCCAAGGGCUUUAUCAUCCCAAUCAAGAAGCUACAUUGCGACAAGGACCAUUACUGCCAGAUCCAGACCUGGAUCCGCCGGCUUUUGAUCGACGUCGCAAACACCAAUGCCUUCCUUGAGUACGACGAGUCGGGCCAUCCCAGUGAAGACUACACCAGGAGCCACCGCUUUUGCCUGUCCAGGAAACACCAGCUGUUCAAGGCCACCGACGAGGAGGCAGAUCGGAGCUUGCGCACUGUCUACAACAUCAGCAAACAAUACAUCGAGCUCCCGCCGGAUUGGCUUGUUAACAAGACAGAGAUGACGACGAUGCAUCUGGGGAGGUGGCGGGAGCAAACAGAGGAGGACAAGAAGCAGCAUAUUGAGGUCCGUGACAAUGAAUUCUUGGCCGGGUUAGGAAACUGCCGGAAUUUGAAGUACCUCAGCUUCAGGGGCAUCUCUCGGGUGGAGAAGCUGCCGGACUCCACCGAGAAGCUCACCAAGCUACUGACGCUCGACCUCCGGGCCUGCCAUAACCUUGAGAAGCUGCCACCGGAUAUCGGCAGCAUCAAGAGGCUGCAGUUCCUCGACGUGUCAGAGUGCUACUUACUCGACCAUAUUCCGAAGACGCUCUCUUCCCUGUCGGAGCUUGAAGUGCUCAAGGGCUUCGUCGUCGGCGAUUACACCAACAGGAACCAUUGUCAACUCGGAGAUUUGGGGAAGUUGGCCAAACUGCGGAAGCUCAGCAUCAACACGGGUCGUGAGUUCAGGAACGAAGAGUUGAAAGCAAUUGGCACACUGGAGAAGGUCACCACACUAAUUAUAACAUGGGGAGUCGUCCAAAAGGAAUCUCAGCCGGUGGCCGCCGCAGCCGGCGGCGCAGGUCAACCUUCAGUUCAAGAAGCCACCAAAAGGGAAAUCCGAGCAGAAGCUUCUCAGAGCAAGCAAACUGCUGUCGCUCCGACUCGUGAUGUGGCCGAUUCAAAAGAUCAUCAAGCGAAGAGGGUACAAACGACGAGGGGAACAACGACUCCGGCGGGAUCAAUGCCGAUGCAGGUUCUCCCUCCUAAUCUGGAGAAGUUGGACCUCCGGUGCUUCAAUAAAGAGAGACUCCCGGAGUGGAUCGAUCCUGAGAAGUUGAAGAAAUUGGAGAAGCUAUACUUGAGGGGUGGGAGCAUGCUGACGAGCCUUACACUAGAGGGAAAAACUUGGUCAGCGACCGUGCUGCGGGUGAGGUACCUCAAGAAGUUGGAGGAUUCAUGGAGCUCUCUGCAUUCUUCGUUUCCGAAGCUCCAGCGCGUGGAAAAAUUCAAUUGUGAGUUGCUUCAUAAGUGGCCUUGCGAUGAUGAAGGAUUUUGGCAGAAGGAGGAUAAAGUUGGAGAGAGCAGCAAGACGGCGCGCAAGAUCAUGACAAAGUAGAAUUGGGAGCUGAUCAUAUGGAGGGUGCACUUUCGGUUUGCUUAGUUUCAGUACGGAGUGUGUUUAUGGGUUCAUCAAUAAGGUUGCAUAUUAUUACUGGUGCAAAGUUUGAACUUCCAUUUUGACUUUAACAAAAUAAAUGAAGUGUCAUUCGUAUUAUGUGUUUGAUCGGUAAGAGGACACAGGGGACACAUGAUUAAACUUGGAAGCUUCAGAAACAUUGUGGU